AUCAAAUGCAGGCAGCCAUGCGCCGACAACUCAUCCGGGACAUCUCUGGAGUUGUCCUCUUUCUUGUGAGCAUGGUGCUCCUCUCCAUGAGGCAUUAUGGUGUCCAGGAAGCAGACGACUACCAAAGACUCGCAGAAGGGAUAUCUGGUAGUUGGGCACAGUGGGGGAUGACUCUGGUGGUUGCGACAGACCAGAGGAGAAGCAGGAAGACUGAGCAUGGCAAGCAAAUCAAGGGCCAUGGUGUUGUGCCUGGGGAAGGCCUGUUGCUUGAAGAGCUUUUCAUUGCUGUAAAGACAACCCAGAAGUUCCACCAGUCCAGGAUGGGAUUACUGCUGGACACUUGGAUUUCCCAGGUCAAAGAACAGACAUAUGUCUUCACUGAUAAAGACGAUGAUGAGCUGCAGGAAAAACUGGGUCAGCUUGCCACAGGCCCCUCAGCAACCAGAAAAACCAGACAGGCACUGUUUAAAACACCAGCAGCAACAUCUGUGGAAAAUUGCUGCAUGAAAAUCCAUUGUGCAACGAUAGUGAAUAAAAACUUCCUGAUCACAUCAGAGCUCAUCCAUCUCCCAGAUUACUGCACUGUGGGCUAUAUCAUUGAGUAUAAGUUAGCAGGUCACCUGGUCCCCAGUGCCCUGUUCCACUCUCACCUGGAGAACCUGCACCUCAUCCAGAAUCCCCAUCUAACUAAACAGGUUACUCUCAGCUAUGGCACUUUUGAGAAGAAGCUCAAUGUUAUCAAGCUUUCUGGUCCUUUUCCCCAGCAAGAUGACCCUUCCAGGUUCUGAUCACUUCAUUGCCUUCUUUAUCCAGACACUUCAUGGUGCCCACAGCCAGUCAUCUAAGGACACCUGCUCAGAAGUUCUCGCCAUGGGCUGACUGGUCAAUGGAAAAGAACAUGAGAAGAGUCCUGCUGGACCAGAUCAAAAGCUUAUCUAGCCCAGCAUUCUGUUCUCACAGUGGCCAACCAGAUGCCUAUGGGAUUCCCACAAGCAGGACGUGAAUGAGAGUAUGCUCCUGCUUGUGACCUCCAGCAACUGGAAUUCAGAGGCAUACUGCCUCUGAUGCUGGAGGUGGUACACAACCAUCAUGACUAGGAAUCAUGGAUAGUUUCAUCCUCCAAGAAUUUGUCUACUCCCCCUGUAAAGCCAUCAACUCUCCCAAAUCCCUGUUCAACGGAGACCCCAGUAGCUACAUGCUGAUCUAACUGAGAACUUUAUCGAUUACUGAAGAAGCAGCCUUAAAAUUUGUGGCAAGGGAAUGGAUUGAGAGCUAUGCUUCAUGUUAUACCAAAUGAGGUGGUAGUAGACUGUAAAUGUGACUGUCUUUAGACCAGCUCGCAUAAUCUAUGGUGCGAAAGCACAUCUCCUUACACAUAACAAUUUCAUGUGGGACUCAGGGCAUGCACUUUGCCUAUGCUAUCCCUUUUUGUUAUGAUUGAUAUAUCACACUGAUGUCCUGGUUCAUCACAUGUGAUGCUCUACAUGUGGGUAGAGAUAUGUUGAUAUAUGCAAGUCUGGUGCUGACCUUUACAGCUUUACAUCAUUGUUUUUGAACCUUGAGUCCCCAGAUAUUGUUGGACUAUAACUCUCUCCAUCACUGACCAUUGGCUAAGCUGGCUGAGGCUGAUGGGAGUUGUAGUCCAACAACUUCUAGGGACCCCAGUUUCAAGAACACUGUUCUACAUGGUUGAGGGAACAGGUGCUGGUCAGACUGCCUUUGCCUAUGACUAUUCUAUCCAGUCACUGACAGAAGCGGAUGGCAUGGUGGGGUCAAUCAUGUUGCUGCUGCUUACAUGCAAGGUGAUGGGGAGGUUGGGGCAGCACAAACACACUGGCAGGAAUGACAGACUGGCUACUGGUCACUGAGAUAAUCAUCAGAGAUCUCCUCUGGGUGUACAAAUUGAGAAGAUCAAUAACACCUGAAAAAAAUCCAAGAACAAAAAACCGUGGAUAGUUUUCUCAAAAUGAAUUAGGAGCCAUUGCUGUUGUGCAACUGUCCUUUUUUUUUUAUCUCCUCCAGGUGACAUAAGCCAGGUGGUGCCCAGAGAGAGUGUCUUUUGAGCCAGAGCUCAGUGAAGGUGCCUCUGCUUUGCAUAUAGAAUGUCCCAGGUUCAAUCCCUAACAUCUCCCUGGGAAAGACUUCUGUCUGAAUCCUUGGAGCAUCACCACCAGUCGGAGAAGACAACAAAUCAUAGAGUUGGAAGGGGCCUUGUACGCCAUCGAGUCCAACCCCCUGCUCACAGCAGAAAAUCCACAGCUAGAGCAUCUCCCGCAGAUAGCUGUCCAUCCUCUGCUUGAAAACAUCCAGUGAAGGGGAUCCCACCACCUCCCUAGGCAGUCGGUUCCAUUGCCGAACUGCCCUUACUGUCAAGAAGUUCCUUCUAAUGUCCAAUCUGAAUCUUAUUGUGAGUCAUCCUGGGAAUGCACACUAGCUGAAGGUGUGGGAUACACAAGUUUAAUAAAUACAUAGUACAGUAUGUCCAAGAAUGGGGUUUUGAUUUUCCACCCACUCCCAACUAAAAUCUGAAAUGGUGCUCUCGGCUGAAUCUGCAGAAACAGAGUGCAAUAGGAGGCAUGUCUGGUUUUCUUCCAGUCAAGGUAGCUUUCUCAGUUGCCCCAUAUUGCCCCCGUAACACCCAAAGUUACUCAAUCCAAAGUUCUGGCCUUGACCUAUAAAGCCGUAACUUAACAUGAGACCAUAUGAAGAACCCUGCUGGAUCAGGCUAGCGGCCCAUCUAGGGCAGCAUCCUGUUCUCACAGUGGCCAACCAGAUGCAUAUGGGAAGCCCACAAGUAGGACCUGAGGGCAAUAGCAUUAUCCCCAAGUGUGAUUCUCAGAAACUGGUACUCAGAAGCAUACUGUCUCCAACAGUGUAAUGUAGCCACUGAUAAUCUUAUCCUCCAUGACUUUGUCUAAUCCUCUUUUAAAGCCAUCCAAGUUGGUGGCCAUAGCUACUUCUUGUGGGAGUGAAUUACGUACAUAGUUUAACUAUACCUUCCGCCGAGCCUUAAAAAUGUGGCUGUUUGGACAGGCCUUUGGGACCGCCGGGAUGGGCUCAUUACAUACUGAAUGCCCGUUGUUGUGUACUGCGUAUGUUGUUAUUUUUGUUACUGCUGAUUAUAUUGUAUUUUAUUGUAAUUAUUGUAUUUUAUUGUAUUUUAUUGAAAUUUAAUAUGUAC